AUGGCAGUUGAAGAGUUAGUAUUCGACUAUUCGAAUUGUAAUGAGGCAAAGAUCGGCCAGGAGAAUGCCACAGACGCGAGCAGCAGAGUUCGAGCGUCGUUUAAAACGAAAAGCAACGGCGGCGGAGUGCCUUAUCAGUGGUAUAGAAGCGAGCUCGAAGGCACCGACAUCACCCUCGACAACGGUGUCCACGUCAACACGACCGUCUGCUCACUUAUUUUCGAUAUACCCAAUGACAUUGGCGCACCAGUCUACAUGUACUACCGCCUUACGAACUUCUACCAAAACCACCGCAGAUACGUCAAGUCUCUAGACCUGGAUCAGAUGAAGGGCGUCGCCGUACCAAACGGCACCAUUUCAACUAGUACCUGCGAUCCCCUACGAAUUGACGAAAAUACCAAGAAGGCAUAUUAUCCAUGUGGCUUGAUUGCGAACUCCUUGUUCAACGACACAUUCUCGGAACCCAAACGAGUCGGGGGCGGCAGCAACGUGAAUGAGACAUACCCAAUGACUAACCGUGGUAUAUCCUGGUCGUCCGAUAGGGAUCUUUACAAGCCUACCAAAUAUAAUUUCGACCAGGUCUCACCACCUCCCAAUUGGAAAAAGAGAUACCCAGAUGGAUAUACCGAAAAGAACCCGCCGCCAAACCUUCAAACCUGGGAGGAAUUGCAGGUCUGGAUGCGCACUGCUGGUCUGCCUACCUUUAGCAAACUGGCGCUGCGAAAUGAUACUGGGCGUAUGUUAGCUGGAUCGUAUCAGGUCGAUAUUAACGAUAAUUUCAACGUAACGAUCUUCGGCGGCACAAAGUCCAUGGUCAUCACCACCCGAAGCGUGAUGGGUGGCAAGAACCCAUUCCUGGGCAUUGCGUAUGUAGUCAUUGGCGGACUCUGUAUCCUCCUCGGCACGAUCUUCACAUUCGUCCAUCUGGUUAAACCAAGAAAACUCGGUGACCAUCGCUAUCUCACUUGGAACAGUGAAGAAAACACCACAGGCGCAGCGACAGGGACAGCAGCGACGCCCAAAUCAUUCUUCAACUUCAGGAGGAGAGGCUAA